GCACUAUCUAAGAGUACCUUACAGCAUUGAUACUCAAGGUGUCUAACCACAACACACUAGUCCCAAAAACCGCUAAAGCCGAUUUUUCAAGUAUCUUCACCUACCCUGUUCGUUCGCUUUGAUCCCAGAUCCGUUUUUGUCGCAGCCUUCCUCAAAAUUCUAAACAUGGCCGAUUCCGAUGAAGAGUAUGCUGGGGAAAUCUCCGAGGAUGAGGUAGAUGGCAGUCAUAUCUCAUCUCGAGGCGGAGUCGCUCAACCGCCGCGUUCGAAAAGGAAGAAAAAUCGCGGAGGCGCCGAAUGGGAGGUCUCAAGGACUUGGGAGAGCUUGGUCGAAGGCGCAGAUGGCACGAUCAACUCCACAGUAGAGGGCCUGCUUGAAGCUGGGAAAAGGAAGAGACUUCUACGGGACACCACACCAUUACAACGAGGCAUUAUCCGCCACCUUAUCCUGAUUCUUGAUUUGUCACACUCAAUGGCAGAAAAGGAUCUACGGCCAACGCGAUAUCUCCUGUCUCUGCGCUAUGCUCAAGAGUUCGUCAGAGAAUUCUUUGAACAGAACCCGAUCUCUCAAUUGGGUGUGCUUGGCCUGAGAGAUGGCCUCGCAGUACGGGUUAGUGAUAUGAGUGGAAAUCCUACUGAACAUAUCAGUGCAAUUCAAGCCCUACGAGAGCAUGACCCGAAAGGUCUUCCUAGUUUACAGAACGGGCUUGAAAUGGCUCGAGGUGCUCUCUUUCAUACUCCCACUCACGGUACCCGUGAAGUCUUGAUCAUCUUUGGUUCCUUGCUCUCCUCUGAUCCAGGUGAUAUUCACCAUACCAUAGCAACUCUGGUUAGCGAGAAAAUCCGUGUUGGCAUCGUGGGCCUUGCUGCUCAAGUAGCCAUCUGCCGCGAGCUUUGCUCUAAGACAAAUCAUGGCGAUGAUAAAACGUACGGCGUGGCUCUUAACGAGCAGCACUUUCGUGAAUUGGUAAUGGGCGUCACAACCCCUCCAGCCACGUUUUCUCAAAGGCAGUCCGCAAGUUCCCUCCUGAUGAUGGGAUUUCCAUCACGUUCUGUCGAAGCCCACCCUUCUCUUUGCGCGUGCCAUUCGAAUGCUUCUUGCGGGGGCUAUUCCUGCUCUCGAUGCAAUAGCAAGGUUUGCGGCCUUCCUGCCGAAUGCCCUUCUUGCAGUCUAACACUAAUCCUUUCCACGCAUCUUGCUCGGUCUUAUCAUCAUCUUUUCCCAUUGAUGAACUGGGUCGAAGUUCCAUGGGCGCGAGCCUCGCGUAGCCUGGCCUGCUUCGCUUGUGGUAUAACUUUCCCCCAAGUGCCCCCUAGAGAACAAUGGCAGGCCGCAGAUGUACAGUCUAGAGGGAUGAGCGAAUUGCACAUCUCCCUCCUCAAUACGGUCAUGAAUCCCACGCGUACACCUGCUGUGUGGGAGGCUUCAAUCCAGUCUUCAGGCAAAGAAGCAGUUCCCCCGCCUGGAGUCGAGCAGGAGAAGUGGGACAUUGAGCUCUUUGAAAGACUCAGUUCCUAUCCAUUCGAGGAUGAUCAUGAGUUUGCACACGGGCUCUCGAUAAUUCUCGGGCACCCUGAGAUACCAGCGUCAAGGGCGGAGAUUGACCGGGACGAUGACGUUACGUUACAGGCUAAAUGUUUCUACUUCUCGAGAAAAAAGAAACUCCCGACCCCCGUGAACGUCGGAGAUUACCAACUAUGGUUACAAGCCAGACCAAUAGCAGCUGAAGCUGCUGGUCCUGUAAACCAGCAGCAACUCAACAAUGUGGUAUCUGAAGACCAUGCAAAUGCGCCCUUGAAGCAAGCAGAACCCGCGUAUCCCUCCUCAUUCGCUCAUAUAGUCGAACUCAUUACGACCGGGCAAACCAUACCUGGAAUUCAGCAGAUCCCAGACACUAUACUCGCUGGCCAAGACACUCCAAGUGCCAGGUCGAGGAGACGGAAGCCGUGGGAGCUGGAAAGCGGCGAGCAUGUUAGCAGAUGAAAGCCGACUACGGGCUGGUUUUCAAAAACGUGCUCAACCAGCCAAGUUGAUUCCAUGCCUUUAGCGGAUGACCGAUUGAGUCCUCAUCAGUAUGUGAGAUCAGUAGUCCGAUAUGUCAUAUUAGUUCAUAGGUAACAAUAAGAGCUUCUGCAAAGUAGGUAGUAAACUG